AUGAGUUGUCAGAUCUCGUGCAGAUCUCGAAGAGGAGGAGGAGGAAGAUUCCGGGGCUUUAGCAGUGGCUCAGCCGUGGUCUCCGGUGGGAGCCGGAGAUCGGCCACUGGCUUCUCCUGCUUGAGCCGCCAUGGUGGUGGCAGAGGGGGCUACUGCGGUGGUGGCUUUGGCAGUCAGAGUCUUGUUGGCCUUGGAGGCACCAAGAGCAUCUCCAUUAGUGUGGCUGGAGGAGGUGGAAGCUUUGGUUCCAGUGGUGGAUUUGGUGGCAGAGGAGGUGGCUUUGGAGGAGGCAGCGGCUUCGGUGGAGGCAGCUUUGGAGGCGGCGGCUUUGGCGGAGGCCGCUUUGGAGGUGGUGGUGGCUUUGGAGGUUUUGGGGGUCCUGGAGGAUUUGGGCCUGGAGGAUUCCCUAGUGGAUGCAUCCAUGAAGUCUCCAUCAACCAGAGCCUCCUGCAGCCUCUCAACGUGAAAGUUGAUCCAGAGAUCCAGAACGUGAAGUCUCAGGAACGGGAGCAGAUCAAAAUACUCAACAACAAAUUUGCAUCUUUCAUUGACAAGGUUCGGUUCCUGGAGCAGCAGAACCAGGUGCUACAGACCAAGUGGGAGCUGCUGCAGCAGCUGGACGUGAGCACCCGCUCCACCAACCUGGAGCCCAUCUUUCAAGCGUACAUUGCCAAACUGACGAAAUAUGUGGAUACGCUCUGUGCAGAACGAACAUCCCAAGAUUCAGAGCUGAACAACAUGCAGGAUCUUGUUGAGGAUUUUAAGAAGAAGUAUGAGGAUGAAAUCAACAAGCGCACAUCUGCUGAGAAUGAUUUUGUGACCCUUAAAAAGGACGUGGACAAUACUUACAUGACCAAGGUGGAGCUGCAGACCAAGGCAGAUGUGCUGACCCAGGAGCUUGAGUUCAUUAAAUUCCUUUUUGAGGCGGAGCUGUGCCAGAUGCAGGAGACUAUCACCAACACCAACGUCAUCCUGUCCAUGGACAACAACCGCAGCCUGGACCUGGACAGCAUCAUCUCCGAGGUCCGGAGCCAGUACGAGGAGAUCGCCCAGAAGAGCAAGGCCGAGGCCGAGGCGCUGUACCACAGCAAGUAUGAAGAGCUCCAGGUGAUGGCGGGGAAACAUGGAGACAGCCUGAGGGAGGUCAAGAUGGAGAUCGGUGAGCUGAACCGCAUGAUCCAGAGGCUGCAAGGGGAGAUCGCCCAUGUGAAGAAGCAGUGUAAGAGUGUGCAAGAAGCCAUCGCAGAUGCUGAGCAGAAGGGAGAGCACGCCGUCAAAGAUGCUCAGAGCAAGCUCUCUGACCUGGAAGUUGCCCUGCAACAGGCCCGGGAGGAUCUGGCCCGGCUGCUGCGUGACUACCAGGAGCUCAUGAACGUCAAGCUGGCACUGGACAUCGAGAUUGCGACCUACCGCAAGCUGCUGGAGGGCGAGGAGUGCAGGAUGUCUGGAGACUUCACUAGCAACGUGACUAUGUCCGUGACCAGCAGCACCAUAUCUUCGAGCGUGGCAUCCAAGACCGGCUUUGGAGGCUAUGGUUCUGGAGGUAGAGGAUCCAGUUCUGGAGGAGUUGGCUACAGCUCUGGAAGUGGCAGUUACAGCUCUGGAGGCAGAGGAUCCAGCUCCAGAGGUGGCGGUGGAGGGGAGUACGUUUCUGGAGGCAGCUCCAGAGGAGGCUCCGGCUCUGGAGGAGGAUAUGGUUCUGGAGGAGGCUCCAGAGGAGGUUCUGGCUCUGGAGGAGGAUAUGGUUCUGGAGGGGGAUAUGUCUCUGGAGGAGGCUCCAGAGGAGGCUCCGGCUCUGGGGGAGGCUCUAGAGGAGGUUUCAGCUCUGAAAAGGGUGGUUCUGGCUCAGGUGAAGGUUACAGUCCCAGCGUGACCUUCUCUUUUAGAUAA